GUAUCUUAAUUCUUAAUAAGAAGGUGUCUGUUCUGAUGAAUUUUUCUUUCUCAGCACAGUGGUGUUUGCCAUAGGUUGGACUGGAUGAUCUCAGAGAUGUCACAUAAAUUGAGCCCAAGUUUCCUGCCCUGUGUCUUUGGUUUUUUGAUUAACAGCUCAGCCCAGUGUUUCCAUCUUGGUUAAUUCUUCCAGUUUGUGUGCAUCACUGAAGUGCUUUUUCCUGCCCCUCUCCCAGCACUGAGCAGAAGCAAAUUGCUGUCGGUUUUAUUCUGAGUAAUAUUCUUGUUUCUUUCCCCCACAGGAUUUAAUCUGUCUCGUAAGAAAUAGCACGUGCAUGGAGCAGAGCUGGGUGCAGGUGGCUGCUUGGACUCCCUCUGCUCCAAGCAGUCUCCACGUUUCUUCUGAUGUUUUCCGUAAGGAGGAUGGAAAGCUGGUCCCUGUGCUUCAGAUAGAGUGGAAAGUGGCUACAGAUGCCAGCGUCCGCUCCCUGGAAGGGGCCGAGCUCGCCGUCAUGCAGGUCAGCAGCAAUCAGCAGAUCUGUGCCCAGUUUGACUUCCUCAACAAUCUGCCUCUUCAGGUCCGUCCGGAUGGAGGCCGGUGGAAUUUCACUUUUGACCGUUUUGAAGUAGAACCUGGCCAGACUUACCAAGUGACUGUGUAUCACCUGCCCAAGCUGGGUGUAAAUGGAGACUACAAUUGCAAGUCCACGUCCCUCACAAUGCCUGACUGCAGCGAUUCUCUGAUGAAAAGAACCAUCCCAUGUAUAAAGACAGGCAGCUUGUGGGAGCCCAGGAUCCAGGGUGAAGUUCUGGAUGAUACAGCUGUGCUUGUGAGCUUCUACCCAUGGAUGGAGGCAGCCAGGUACAGAAUCCAUGUGGCCAGUUACAUGCAGGAGAAGAGGUGUAAAAUGGCCACACAGGAUUUCAUUGAGGAUGGACAGCAACAGCAAGUGAAUGUCACAAUCAAAAUAGAGAACAUCAAAGCUUGCUGCAGAUACAAAAUACAGAUCCAGCCAUUCUUUGCAAACUGUGGCACAGACUGUCUGAGACACUCUGCUUCCAUCCCCUGUGAACCAGUUCCAAGUACAGAACCAGCGGAUGACAUGAUGAUCUGGCUGUACUGGUGCAUCACUGGGAUCUCUGUGCUGCUGGUGGGGUCAGUCAUCACAGCUGUGCUGUGCAUGACUAAAAUACGAGCAGCACGCCGGCGAGGGAAGUGCAGCCACGACAGUUUGCAAGCUGCGCCGUACACCGAGCUGCCUCUGCCACCCCUGAAGCUGCGGAAGGUUUGGAUCGUGUACUCUGCUGAUCACCUGCUCUACGUGGACGUGGUGCUCAAGUUUGCUGAGUUCCUGAUGACAGUCUGUGGCACUGCUGUGGCCCUGGACCUGCUGGAGGACCAGCACAUCUCAGAGCUGGGGCCCUUACCCUGGCUCACCCGGCAGAAGAAGGAGAUGGAAGAGCUCUCUUCGAAGAUCAUCAUCCUGUGCUCUCGGGGCACCCAGGCCAAAUGGCAGGCCAUGCUUGGGAGUGAGCCUGUGUGCCUCAAGCAGGAUCAGCAGAAGCCAGUGGGAGACCUGUUCACCCCAGCCUUGAACCUGAUCCUGCCAGAUUUCAAGAAGCCAGCCUGUUUUGGAAUGUACAUAGUUUGCUACUUCGAGGGAAUAAGCAGUGAGAGAGAUAUACCUGAUCUGUUCAAUGUCACCUCCAGAUACCAGCUGAUGGACAAGUUUGAGGAUAUUUAUUUUCGGAUUCAGGACCUGGAGAAGUUUGAACCUGGGCGCAUCCAUCGAAUCCAGGAAAUCACAGCUGAAAAUUACAUCGAUACCCCCAGUGGGAGGAAGCUGAAAGAGGCCAUAGAGAAGUUCAAGAACUGGCAGACUGAGCACCCAGACUGGUUUGAGAGUGAGACCAUCUGCCUGGAUAGCGAUGAAGAGUUGCAUUCCCUGAGCAGAGAGAGCCAGGUGGGUUCACUGCUGAGUGAGCCAGGAGGAAUUGUGAAACACCAGCUGCACCUACGUGAGCCUGAGCCCUGUUACACCAUCAGCCUCCACGUGCAUGAGGGUGAAAGCACAGGCUGCAAGCUGCAGCCUCAGCUUAAUCCACGUGGGGAUCCAAUUUCCCAGACUGUGGUCCUUCCUAUGGAUGUUCCUCCAGUUCAGGUGGUGGAGCCAGUCUCUUCCAUGGAAGGCAGAAACAUCCUCAGUCACCAUGUGCUGAGCAAUGAGGACUGUAUGGAAGGAGUUCCUCUUCUGGAGACAAGCUUUCCAAUGAGGAAUAACCUCAUCCUCCACGAUGGCUCUGAAGCUUCAGCAGCUGACCAGAGUCCUGCAAACUUGUCAGAUGACCUGAGUGAGCAUCUGAGUGGACUCAUGUACCCCCUUUAUCAGCAGAGUGUCAUCCCUUCAGAGCCAUAUCUGUGCCAGGGGGAGGCUGGCCAGCAGCACCAGCUGGUCUUUGAUGACCAGUGCAAGGACCAGAGACAGUCAGUGCAGUCAGACCAGGGCUACAUCUCCAGAUGCUCCCCUCUGCCUCCUGAGGACCUUCUGGAGGAGGAGGAGGAAGAGGAGGAGGAUCAGGAACAGCAGGGGGGUUUCCAUGAACUCUCUCCAGAGGUUUUGAACAGCCUGAAGAGCCUCCAGAAGCAGCUGUUUUUCCAGGACAUCCAGAGGCACUCCAGCUGGAGCUACCCAGCAGAGGUGAUGGACAUUGACCAGGCUUUGGAGGACUCUUAGGCUCUGCCUGGACCUGCCCUGUUUGAAAUGCAGGGAUGGAAGGUGGUGCCAUGCAGAGCAGUACUGAGGCUGCAUUUCCAGCACUGUCCUUGCAUUGUCAAUGGCUUAGUGCUGGCACCUUCCUGUGCUGCACAUGUGGAAUGUUACUUCUCUGUGGCAAGAAGCCAGGAGUGUUGGCCACCCCUGUGAAAGAGCAAGCAGGGAUUCUGUUCCUUGGGGAAGAGCAUUACACUGAAUUCUCACUGAUGGAUGGCAGAAAAAUUGCUGUGGCUCAUCCACUCGUGCCUUCACAAUGCCCUCCAGCUGUGCUGAUUCUAUUGCACUGGAUAAAAGUCACAGGCAUGGUUCAGAAAAUAGGCUUAGAUAACAUGGUGGCAUUUGCAUUGCCAUUUUAAUACACAUUUUGAACAUUUCCUUGUAAAUACUGUAUUAAAGACAUGUGCCUUAAAUUUCAGCUA